AUGGCUGUGAAAAAUGGCACAGCGGUGACAGAAUUCAUUUUGUUGGGACUCACCAGCCAACCCCGGAUGAAGCUUCUCCUUUUUGUGCUCUGCUCAGCAGCCUACAUGAUCACUCUGUGUGGGAACCUGACCAUUGUGGUGCUGAUCCGGGUGGAUUCCCGCCUCCACACCCCCAUGUACUACUUUGUAACCCACUUGUCUCUUAUUGAUAUCUGCUACACCACCAGCGCCCUACCCCAGAUGCUGGUAAACCUGCUCUCGGAUCGUGGCACUAUCUCCUUUGUGGGCUGUGUGGGUCAGCUCUACAUCAACGUGGCCAUGGGGGUAGCAGAAUGCUUCCUGCUGGCUGUGAUGUCUUACGACCGCUACGUAGCGGUGUGCUACCCUCUGCACUAUGGGGCUGCCAUGGCACCAGACCUCUGCCGCCGCCUGGCAGGUGCCUGCUGGGUUAGUGGCUUCUUCAAUGCUGUGGUUCUGACCACUGUCACUUUCCUCCCACCAUACUGUGGGCCAAACCAGAUUAACCAUUUCUUCUGUGAGGCUCCUGCCGUGCUCCAGCUGGCCUGUGCCGACACGGCACCCACUGAAGCGGUCAUCUAUGUAUCGGGCGUGAUCAUCCUCAUGAUCCCUUUUGGCCUCAUCUUGGUCUCCUACCUCCAGAUCCUGGCUACUGUGGUCCAUUCUACUGCCAGCCGGCACAGGGCUUUCUCCACCUGUGCCUCUCACCUGGCCGUGGUGUCUCUGUUCUAUGGCACCAUAAGCUUCAUGUACAUGCGUCCCCGCUCCAGCCGCUCAUUGGAACAGGACAAGAAGUUCUCAGUGCUCUAUGCUGUGGUCACACCCAUGCUCAAUCCUAUGAUAUAUAGUCUCAGGAACAAGGAUGUCAAAGGGGCCAUGCUUAAAGUGUUGGGGGGAACGGAAGGCAGCUAA